AUGGCGAGCACAUCAACUUUGACAUUAAAACAGAACCGGCGAAAGCGACCGUCAUUCAGCCCAGUUAAGUCUAGGCAUUCAUCCCUCCCACCUCGCGCCAGGUCCGAGUCCCCAACCGCGAAAACUGAGGAAUCUGCAAUCAACUCAGCGUAUUGCAGUGACUCAUCCGCACUCGACUUUAACGAGUUUUCACUGCUUGAGGAUGAUGGAUCGACACCAUCAUUAGGGGACAGAUGUCAUGACUUGCUUUUUGAAUACUUACGAGAGCAUUUCGGGGUGGAAGACAUGUGGGUUAUGCAGCCAUUCAUAUUCCUUCGUUGCUCUGACCGGCCGGAUCCCGCCCAACGCCCUUUUACCAUAUCGGGCUGCUUAGCCUUCUGGCUGGGAAUGGAUGACCCGCUGCCCACUCUCACUCCUGGUUCUUCUGGAGGGGAGACGGAAAUAGACAAGUUCGUUCACGUGGACCAAAAUCUGGUUCAGGACUUGAAACCGUAUAGGAUGCCAAACCCAGAAACGCUCCUUAUGGUUCUUAUACAACAUUUCCCGGAAGCCGCAGCCAUCUCCUUCAUCUUCAAUGCCAUUGUGGUUGAAUUCGACGAGAUCGAUGAGGAUGCGUGGAGAGAGAGAGUCGGGUCCCUACCGUGUUCCUUCGCGAAUCUCGCGUUAGAACUGACCUACUCGAAUGGAUUGCUCGCUAAUACCGAGUGGAAACGGCUUAUAGCCCCUAAGCCAGCAGAUCUGAAAACCUUUGUUUCAGACGACUCCGACUAUAUUGCUGCUACGGGGUCCUUCAAUCCUAGAGCGAUGAUUUGUUCUGAUCAAGAGGAUACCGUCUCGGCUGGGGUCUUGGUGGAGAAGGGUUCUGAGUAG